UCCUUUACGAAAGGAAAGGAGAUUAUGCCGUCCCACAAUUCCUUACAGCAGCAGCAUUUAAAUGUUUAUAUAGCCUGCAUGAAACAAUACGUUAAGAACGCACGGGCGAAGUAUCUAAGAUGCGCUUUUAGUAGUCCAUCUUCGGAACAUUGUAGUUUCACCACGGCAGGCCCAAAUGCCUACAGUAAAAAUCCAUGGAAUCCAUUGCAUGAAUAUCUGGAACGGUAUUCUUCAAGAAUAUAUUGGACAUUGCAUAAAGCAGUUAGCUUAUACUAUUUCAUUGAAUUUUAAAGAAGCACCAUCUUUAGAAUUGAAUGACCAUUUUGGAGGAUUUUGACAUCCCAUAAUUCAAAAAUUGCUCCAGUAAAAAUGCACAGAAUCCAUUACAUUAAUACUUGGGAAAGCACUCUUGAAGAAUGUAUUAGAGUUGACAAACAGUGGACACGGGAUCUAAACACGGGAUGCGUCGCGAGGAACGGUCAUGUGCUCAGCGUGCUGACCGCUAUUAACUUGGACUGUGAUUUAGGCUUGGCUACUUUCAAAUACAGAUUCCAAGGACAAAUUGGUUCUCGACGUGCUCGUGAGUCAAGAUUAUGUAACGUUAAUCUUCCUAGGCUGAAUCAGGGAAACCAGGACCUCCACAAAGGGAAGAAAUCUGACCAUAAUUUCGUGAAUUACGACAGACGGACAUCUAUCAAGCUCACAGUAAAGAAUAUGCUUUCAGAAGGAAUUCGGUAUGUGGCAUUUUAAAGUCCCUUUAUGGAUGGCAUUGCUCCGGUUCUGUGGCCUCGCCUAUUCCUGUGGAAGUGCAGAAUAUGAAAUUAAUGGAGAGUGCUGUCUAAUGUGCACACCUGGGACACACGUUAAUAAACACUGCACAGAAUACACUAAUACCUCCUGUAUACCGUGCGCUCAAAAAACAUUCAUGGACAGGCCCAGCAGUCUCCCCGAAUGUUUGCCUUGCAGUGUGUGUGACCCAGCCAUGGGUUUAAAAACAGAGAGAGAGUGCACCCCCACCUCUAACACAGCGUGUGGGCCUCUGGAUCACCACUACUGCACUAAGACUGAUAAUAAGGGGUGCAGCUUUGCGCAGAAACACACCAUCUGCAGGCCUGGACAGUUCAUCCUACACAAAGGAACAACAUUGACUAAUACCGAAUGUGGAUACUGUCCUGAUAAAACUUUUUCAAAUAAAUCCUUUUCUGCGUGCUGCAAACCACACACACAUUGCCAGUCCCUGGGACUUCAGGAAAUUACAGCAGGAACAAACACAUCGGACAGUGAAUGUGGACCAAGAAAUAUUCCUGUUUCCAUCAUUGUGCCUGUGCUACUUGUAUCAGUUGUCAUUUUAACAAUCAUUUUCAUUUUAAAGAGGAAAAAGAAGAACAGGGCAACAGAUCAGGCAGAAAGAAAAAGAAUGAACAGGACAGACCAGCUGGAGGUUGAAGUGGCAGGAGUCCACGGGAAUCACGCAGCAGAUGGUGGUGCUGGUCCUCCCCCUGGUGGACAGCAUGACAAUGGGACCCCAAAGCCGAAAGAUAGGGUUCAGUCUGACUACAGCACACGGUCUAAUGCACUCGUGUGUUGUUGGAGACCACUUAUUAUGGGAACCUUCAAUGCAAACACAGUGAGAGAAGAAGUGAGGUUGGCGGAGCUUGCACACUGUGCCGAAGAAAGGGGAGUGGAGAUCCUGGGAGUCCAGGAGCACAGGAGAGUACAUGCUGAUGAUCCGAUCGUCAACUCGUCAGAGCAAGACCUUAAAGUGAGGAAGGCGCUCGCAUGGAAAGCUCUGAAUGGCAUGGCAAGUAUGUGGAAAUCCACACACUUGGUAAUAUGUUCGAAGAAUGAACAUAUUACCAUCAAGGAUCUGUAUGGGGGGUUACCAAGGGUGAGUGAGAAAAUAGCAUCCAGGAUAAUGAGGCUGGCCGGUCACUGCCAGAGACACCGGGAGCUCCCAGCCAGCUGUGGGAGCCAACACACGGGCAUUGAUCACGAGGGCAUCCCACAACAACGUACGUGGACGUACUAAAGGAAGAUGCACGGCCGGAAAGUCAGCCAGAUGCAUGGAGGAUCGAGAUGACUGGAAACGCCGCUGGAGGGCUUGUCUGAGGACGACCUAGAUAGAUAUACAAGCGAUAUGAGUGGUUAACAUAUUAAAGAAUUAAACAAGAAAAUCAAAAAGGAACAGUAAUGCAAUGUUACAUCUUAUGUUGUUACACAAUGUGAAAUAAUGAACAGGGGAGAACAGCUGCACGAUGAAGGUAAGGGUACGCAUGACUCCAUAGGGAGACAACAAGGACUGAUAAAAAAUAAUAUUAGAUGGGCUGUGUGCAGUUAGGCUACUGUGUGCAUGGAGUUGUUCUUACAUGUUAAAACCAUUUCGAUUGUUUUCUUAAUAUAUGUACAUUUUAAUGAGGGGUGGGGGUUCAGUUAAUGUGUUUUUUCACCAAUGAAAUACCACAGUGAAGAUCCAUCCGUCAAUUAUCUAAUGCGAUUAUUGCUAUCUGGGGGUACUGGGGUGGGGGAUUAUGAGUGAUGGUUUGAAAGGUCAGGACAUCACGUGACAAUUUCUACUCAUCCUACCAACUUGGUGUUGCGCUACAAAACAGGAAGCUGACCAUGCUCUGAAAGGGGAGGGAAAAUGAAAUAGACAAUGAGCUUCUGAAUACACAGGGCAGAGCUGUGGUUCAAAGUCCUGACCCUUGCCUACACUGCAGUCAACAGGACAGCCCCCACCCAAUUACAGGACAUGAUUCAGUCCUACACGCCAGCUCGACCACUCCACUCUGCUGCAGCAGCGUGACUUCGACCCCCUGCCAUCCGAGUGAAUGAUUCUCGCUCGUCCCUACCAUGGAGUUUCUCCACCCUAGCCCCCCAGUGUGGGAAUGUACUCCCUGUUUCUCUACGGACCACUCAGACAUUGCCCAUCUUCCGCCGUGGUCUGAAGACGUAUCUCUUCAGACUAAACCUGGACCAACUAUCCCCACCCUGCAGGGCACUACCAAUCUAGGAUCACUCUUAUCACUUGUAUCCUUCCACUUUGUUCCUGUAGCACUUUCAUAUUACAUGUACCUCCAUCCUGCACUUAUACUGCACUUGUAUCCUUAUCUUGAUAUUGAAUAUUGUACCUUAUCGGACCUGUGUUUAGUAGUUGUUCCUAUGAUCUUCGGUAUGUACUUAUUGUACGUCGCUUUGGAUAAAUAUAAUGUAAUGUGAAUUCCACCAAAA